UGCCAGGAGGGGCUACGCUGAAACUUGUUUCCAAGGGUCAAGACUUGCUGGGUAGCCUGGAUACCUGGUACCCAGGGUACAUUCCAUGCUGGUGGUGGGAUGCGGAACACAGGACAGCUGUUUCUUCUCAUCAUCUCCAUCUUCCUGGGGCUGGGCCAGCCCAGGAACCCCAAAAGCAAGAGGAAGGGGCAAGGGCGGCCUGGGACCCUGGCCCCUGGGCCUCAUCAGAUGCCACUGGACCUGGUAUCACGAGCGAAGCCAUAUGCUCGCAUGGAGGAAUACGAAAGGAACCUUGGGGAGAUGGUGGCCCAGCUGAGAAACAGCUCCGAGGCGGCAAGGCGGAAGUGUGAGGUCAACCUGCAGCUGUGGCUGUCUAACAAGAGGAGCCUGUCACCCUGGGGCUACAGCAUCAAUCAUGACCCCAGCCGCAUCCCUGCCGACCUGCCGGAGGCGCGGUGCCUGUGUCUGGGCUGCGUGAACCCCUUCACCAUGCAGGAGGACCGCAGCAUGGUGAGCGUGCCGGUGUUCAGCCAGGUGCCUGUGCGCCGCCGCCUCUGCCCGCUGCCGCCGCGCACCGGGCCCUGUCGCCAGCGCGCGGUCAUGGAGACCAUCGCUGUGGGCUGUACCUGCAUCUUCUGAACCGCCCAGGCCUAGAGCCUGCGGGCAGCCCGAGACCGGCCUCCCUGCACUCCCAUGCCGCGCGAGGCCAGUGAAAAGUAAACGCUGUCUUU